AUGUCAGCAAACGACCCCCCGGCUGACCCAGCUGCAGUCAAAGCCUCACCGUUGCAUAAUGCUACCAAGGCAAGGGAUAAGGCGUCGCGGGUCAGGGACAGUCAGCGAGCCUCUCGCGCUCGCAAGCGUGAGCUCUUCGAAUCCCUCCGCGCCCGCAUCGCUGAGUUCGAGCGCCGGGGCGUCCAGGCGACUCUCGAGAUGCAGCAGGCCGCCCGCGCCGUCGCGGAGGAGAACACGCAGUUGCGGAACCUCCUUGCUCUUCGCGGCGUCAGUCAAGCUGAGGUUGACGCUUUUCUUCAGCGAGGCGAGGUCACCCAGGCUGCGGGGCUUGCACCCACACACUCUUGUGCCACAGAGCCACCGCUCGCUGGGCCACCACACCCAAAUGUGCAUUCUCGGAACGUUGCAGGGGACCCGGCCGUGGUGGAUGCGUCUGUAGUGGGCGAGCAGCUACAAGCAGCCGACCUGCCCUCCUCGGACGCGGCCUCUGCUGACCAGCCUCCGCUUCGCUCCAUGUUGGAAACACCCUGCGAUAAUGCGACCGCAAUCCUGGUGCAGGUUCGUGGGCAUGAGAGCGAAGUCGCGAUCCGCAAAGCGCUUGGUUGCGUUGGUCCGGGGAGCUGCGUUGUAAGGAAUACGAAAUUACUGCAGCUGAUGGAGGAGGCUGGCUGA